AGUUUUUCACUUUUCAGAUUGAAAGUUUUUGUCUAUCUAAAAUAUAUAUAUAUAUAUAUAUAUAUAUAAAUGGCUUCCCUGAGCUUGAGCUUCACGCCCAUGUCGCUCCGGCCACCGGAAUUAUCCUCCGGCAAUGGCAACUACGGAAACAUCCUCAGAAAGAAACCAUUCUCUGUCUCAGUGGCUGCAAAUUCUCCGGCUCCACCAGAAAAGCCAGAAAUUGAGCUCGAAUUUAUUGGGCCGAAGGCAGAGAGUGAUGGGUCGUAUCCUUUGGAGACAGCCAAAGAGAUAAGUGGAGAGAAGCUUCUGAGGAACAUCAUGUUGGAUAACAAGAUUGAGCUCUAUGCCACGUAUGGAAAAGUGAUGAAUUGUGGUGGUGGUGGAAGCUGUGGAACUUGUAUUGUUGAGAUUAUUGAUGGAAAAGAUCUUCUAAAUGAAAGAACAAACACAGAGCUUCGGUAUCUGAAGAAGAAACCUGAAUCUUGGAGGCUUGCUUGUCAAACUAUAGUGGGAAACAAGGAAAAUUCUGGAAAGGUAGUUGUUCAAAGGAUACCCCAGUGGAAGAAAUAAUUAAGAGCUGGUCCCUAUUCAUAGAUGCAGCCAAUGAUUUAUUGUUGAAAGGGAGGCAUCAUUACAUUAAAAAAAUGUUUACUGGUAACAAUUAUAAAUUUUCUUAGCCUGGCAUGCUGAAAUAGUAAUGUGUUGUUCAGAUGUUACUGGUAAAUGGUAAUCUGUGUAUACCGCUUCGUCUGUCCACAUAAUGAAAUUGGUCAAGUUGUUUUUCUCAACAGUUGGGAAAUUUUGUGAGGCAUUUCCUUGUAUAGUUUUAGGACAAAUAUUGACUCUAAAAUGGUUUGGAGCUAUCUUUUUCAACC